AUGUCGAGGAUGCUACGAUUGGAGCUGGUGGGUCUCGUGCUGCUGGCCUGCACCCAGAUCCUCACGGAGCAUCGCGACCUCUACGAGUCCAGGACCCAAUAUGGCUACCACUCGAGGUUACACGAGUCCCUGGAACGCGUCACCAGAGAAGUAAGAGUGAAACACGGACGUCUACGCGGGGUAGUGGUGCAGCCACGGACCAAUCACGAUCUGCAGCCGGUCGACGUUUUCCUGGGAGUUCCAUACGCCGAGCCUCCCGUUGGAUCCUUACGAUUCUCCCCGCCUAGAUCGCCAGAACCAUGGCGUGGCGUACGGCAAUCAUUGGAAUUUGCUCCCGUGUGCCCGCAAGUGGCGCCAAAGCUACGAGACGAGGUGAAACCGGUACGCUACGAGUACUUGGAGAAGCUGUUGCCGUACCUCAAGAACCAGAGCGAGGACUGCCUCUACCUGAACAUCUACACGCCCCAUCAGCCCGAAGGCCAGAAGACCCUAAGAAAGUACCCUGUGAUGGUGUUCAUCCACGGGGAGAGCUUCGAAUGGAACAGUGGCAACCCCUACGACGGUACUAUAUUGGCAGCUUAUGGUAACGUCGUCUUCGUCACUAUCAACUUUCGCUUAGGCAUCCUCGGUUUCUUGAGGCCCGGUAUCAGAGACGACACCGCCAGCAAUUUCGGGCUCCUAGAUCAAAUAGCGGCCCUUCUCUGGCUCAAGGAGAACAUCGCCGAGUUUGGGGGUGAUCCGAACAGCGUUACGUUGGUCGGCCACGGUACCGGCGCCAUUUUUGCUAAUCUACUGCUUAUCAGCCCUGUGGCUAAUAAGAAAGGUCUGUUUAAGCGGGCCAUUCUGAUGUCAGGCUCGGCGUUGAGCGCAGACGCCAUCGGGAAGGCGCCUCUGCAGAUCACCAAACAGGUGGCGCAUGCUUUAAACUGCCCCACCAUCACCGACAGCGACCUGGCGUUCUGUUUGCGCGGCCAAGACGUGAACGCGUUGCUAGACGUGAAGAUUCACAAACCGAAAUACGUGCCAGCCUUCGCCCCGCUGAUUGACAACGCUGUCAUUCCCGAAAAACCUUUGAACUUGAUGAAAAAUCGCCAAUUGUUUGGCAGGUUCGACUUGAUGUACGGCGUUACGGAAUCGGAGAAGUUUCAUAUUCUACCACCGGUUGCUUUAUUACACGGAUUGCUGGACGGCCAGAGGGACGAGGUCCUCAGAGAUCACGCUAAGGCAACGCACGAACUCGAACCGGAGCUCAUCCUAUCGAAGAUUCUGGAACAAUACGGUGACUUCUCCGCCGGAUUUACGAACGAGUACGCGACGAAGAAUCGGGAUCUGGUUCUGGAGGCGAUCUCCGACAGCGGGACCGUCGCGCCAUUAAUGAUGACCGCGAAUUUACACUCAAGGUCGAACCCGAAAAGCUACAUGUACGUUUUCUCGCAUCCGAAGGCGAUGCAGGACUACUCUGGCCAACAACGUCAGCGCACGGUCCACGGCGAGGAGCUGCCCUACGUACUGGGUGUCCCGCUCGACGUGAACAAGUACGACCUGCGUCGUCGAUACAACAUCGGGGAAACACUGUUCUCGGAGGCCAUGAUGAACUGGUGGUGCAGCUUCGCCUACGUGGGGAACCCUAACAUCGCGAAACGGUACCCAUACCUGACGGAUGGGCCAAAGGAAUGGGGUCAGUACGAGAUUGAAUGGCCGGAAUAUGACCAGCAGAAUCAGACGUACUUGAAUCUGACGAUACCGCCAGCAAUAGGCUCGAACUACCGCUCAGCGGAGAUGCAGUUUUGGAACGAGGUCUUGCCAAACAUACUUCGUCAUCCUAACAAAGACGCUCUGCUGCCGAUCCAUCCGAGGAGGCCACGGCCAGAGUUUCUCGACAGGGUGGACGAGAUUGGAAAGUACGCGAACGCGAGCACCAAUAAGGUUUACGAGACUUACGGUGGCAGGUACCCGGAGAGGGAUCACCAUCUGCUGGAGUCCGAGACAACGGAGUCCAGAGACGACAAAGCAACGACACCAGAUUCCAGGGGCUCCGGACCGGACGAGGAAAGUGCCCCCCAGCCGAGCACGCCAAAGGGUUCCUCGGUGAUCACCAUGCUGACCGGUUUCGGCGUGGUGUUCCUUCUCAUAAACUUCACCGCGUUCCUGUAUCUGUACUGCAGAAAGCAGGACGCGAAGAACAAAGAGGCGGGGGCGAAGAGGCGGGCGAGCCAGAAGGACGACUCGAAGCGCGCGAAAUCGGAGAAAUACGAAAACCACUACGGCGAGCUCGGCUACAAAAGCGACAGCAAGCCGGACCUGAACGACGUGAUAAAGAACGACAAAGCGUACGACAACAACUCGAACUUUGGCCGACGCUCGAAACUGUCCAGACAGAAUUCCGGUUCCACCAUCGACACUCACAUCAAGGUUAGGGAGUGGAUACAGCAGGAGAUCGUGCACAGGUGCUCGCCUAGGUUUCUCCGCAAGACGCGGGAAACUCUGCAGAAAGAGCACCAGGACAAGCUGACGAAGCAACAAGAGGAAGAAAAAAGGCGGCUGGAGCAUGAGAUGCUGAAGGAGAAGGAGGAUCCGAUUUACGACGAGGAUCUCGCGUUGGUCGUGCGUCCUGGCAAGAAGUCAAAGCUGCCGAAGGUCUCGGUGGCCGUAGACGCCACACCCGCGACCAGGACCGAAUCGAUUCUAAAUCAGGUGCCAAUCGAGCUGGCGAAAGACGUCGAGCCAUUGGACGAGUCGUUCGACAAGGUGUUCGAGUUUCAAACGCCUCCUCAAGUGGUCGUCAUAGAGCAUCAUCACUCGAAAAGCGAUCCGUUGCCGAUGGAGAACGUGUUGAGGAGCGUGAAGCCAAACUUCUCCACUCCGCGUAUUUACGAGUCCGAUUCCGGCAGCGCCAGCAGCCUCUACGCGAAGAUUAACCCAAAAUUGAAGUCUCGAUUGCCCCGUCUGGAGCUGGGUGUCAAUCACGAAGCAUCGGUUGCAGACGAAGCUGAAGACAUUUACAUAAAAUCGGGACCGAAGUUGACCACCUUCGGGUUGAACAGUCCGUCGCCGUGCGACAUAAACGUAACUUGCAGGGAGCCAAUCGUAGAGAGAGGUUGCAUCAGCCCGGAGGAGGCUCUGCAGACGAUCAAACGCAGAAACUAUCCGAAGGUGCUUCCAGACAUCGAGAAGAGGCGAUCGUUGCCCGCGCCUAGCAGUCUAUUCGUACCCAAACAGCACGCAAAUUCGUUGAGGGACUACAGGACUGGUCUGCAAGCGGCCUCCGCCGCUCACCAACCGCCCCAACCACCCCCGCGAAUGUUCGGCCCGUCCAAGAGUCUGGAUUUCGCGGAGGAGAACGAGAAUCACGACAAGACGGAGCCAGUCACGACCAGUCUGCACAUCGGUCCUCUCCUGAGAAGACCGGAUCUCUCGAAGAACAACUCCGAUCCCAGCAUCAUCGACUCGCUCGACGAAAGGAUCGACAGGACGAACAGAGCGCAGGCUGGCGGCAGCGUGGACACCAUCUACUCGAAUCCCAUGUGUCCCGUUCACGGAAUGGGCCAACCGAUUUCUCACAGCAUGGACAAGAACAUUGGAAACGCAACGGUUCACCCGGAGACCGAGAUAGGCAACCCGAAUUGGUACAAGUCGCCAUCUUCGGGAAACGAGAUUUCGAUAACCACCGCGUUGUCGGAGCCACGGAUCGUCGGCAGGGAUGGGAACGGUUACCUGCAAUUCGGUGGCUCUAACUGGGACACCAGAGUCCCAGCGAUGGAACCCAGGAUAGUGAUCACUCCACGAGUUGGGAAUCUCUUGGGGCAGGCUAAUCAGAAUUUGAGCCAGACGGUGAUGAACCUGGCGGGUUCGUCCUCGGACGACAGACUCGAACGGGAGACCAGCAGAACGAAUUCUGCUUCGACGGAGCGGAUGGAGUCGGAGUACUCAUCUCCGGAUCUCAGACCACCGACAGCUGUCACCGGGGAGAGGAAGGAACCGAGGAUAAUAAUCACACCCAGGGAUCCCAAAGGUUCCUCGUCGAACCUGAAGCAGCCCAAGAUCAUCAUCAAGCCCACGUCGAGCCUGCAGAGGACCAGGGACCACAGGAACAUACCCAAAGUAUCGGCCAUUCCGCCGCCGGAGCCUCAGUGCUGGCAAGGCUCCGAAAAGGACAGGGGCCACGAUCAGAGGGAGAAACCUCCCCUAAAAGAGAAACCGAAGGUCACGAGGAUACCGUCGUUUUCCAGACGCAUGGAGGACACUUCGAGCGGAAUCGAGAGACCGCCCGUUCCCGUCUACGCCGAGAAGACGGAAAUCGUCCAGAGGGUGGAGGCGGUGCCUAGCAAAGUCGUGAACGUGUUCGCGGCAAGCGAUGCAAAGUCGAGCAUUCCGACGUUGCUGAGAAAGGAGGCUGAGAGGUCCUCGAGCACGGAUUCCAGCAACGGGAACUCGAAUACAGGGACGAUCAAGAAGAAACCGAUCAACAGAAAAUAG